AUGGCUAGCAUCUACAACAAGCCUGGCUUUGACUUUACAAACGUCGUCCGCAAUUCAUUUCUCGAGACGAAGGGAAUCCAUCUCCCAAAGGCAACGAGCACGGGCACCACAAUUGUAGGAUGCUUGUUCAAAGACGGCGUCGUUCUCGGUGCAGACACACGAGCGACAAAUGGUCCAAUUGUUGCAGACAAGAAUUGCGAAAAGAUUCACUACAUCGCCCAGAACAUCAGAUGCUGUGGUGCGGGAACUGCUGCAGAUACAGAGUUUACAACCGCAUUGAUAUCGUCUAAUAUCGAGCUGCAUGCCCUAUCCACUGGUCGCAUCCCAAGAGUGGUCACGGCAAUGACCAUGCUCAAGCAAAUGCUCUUCAGGUAUCAGGGAAACAUUGGUGCUGCCCUGGUGCUCGGAGGUGUAGACGAGACUGGUCCAAACCUUUUCACUGUCGCCCCGCACGGUUCGACAGACAAAUUGCCGUACGUAACGAUGGGAUCAGGAAGUCUCGCGGCAAUGUCGAUAUUCGAAACGGAGUGGCAAGCCGGUCUUGACCGCGAUGCCGCCGUAGCUCUCGUCUCGAAGGCCAUUCAAGCCGGUAUCUUCAACGACCUCGGCUCAGGAUCCAAUGUCGACGUAUGCAUCAUCACCAAAGACCGCACAGACAUGUUGCGCAACUACUUGACACCCAAUGAGAAGGUGGAGAAGGAAAAGCACUACAAGUUUAGGCGUGGCACGACCGACUGGAAGAAAGACCGGGAGAUUGUCGUCUUCCACGAAGAGGUUAGACCAAUUGGAGCUGGAGGUACUGAUGCGAUGGAUACAUCAUAA